CGAAUAUAAUUUGAACAAUAAAGUUGGUUUUGAUCUUAAAGCGAUCAUGUACGCAGAUCGUUCCCCUUAUACAUGCAACAUAUCGUUGCCAUGAAAGGGCUUACAAUGGAUUUUCUAAAGGCUUAAGUACGGAUUAAGAGAACGCUGGUAUUAAAAUUUGCGAGUCUACCUUGCAAUAGAGAUACUUGUUCUGUGUAUUGAUAUAUUUGGUGAUAAAAUUUGUCUUUCUAAACAAGCCAAGUGAAUAAAUUCGAUAUACCCGGGUGUCAAGAAGUUUAAUUGAAAAACCUAGUGAAAAAUUUACUUAGCUCUUCAAUGAUAAAUAAGAUAGAUUGGUUUCUCUUUUAACCUGAUACAACUAUUCGAUAUUCCUGUAUCUGUGUGUGUUUAAAGGUCUCGUCUGAGAGGAAUAAAAUAUUGUGUUUCAUAUAGAAAAAAAUCAAGGAUUAUCGCAUUCUUUAAGCCAUAUUCCCGGUGAAAACAGGCAGCAAUCAACGGAUUCGAUCCGGAUGGCUAUGGGAUAGGAUCAUAAGAUGAUGUUUUUUCUCUCAUGACGGAUUUUUUCUACUUUGUAUUAAAGUGGAAUAACAGGAAGUGAAACAUCAGUAUGUCCGGGGAGACUGAGGGGUCCGAGAGACCCUAUACAGUGGGUUCUUUUCAGACCAAGCUGGAUCAGUUCCACGAACUAAUGAAAGAGAUUACUCUACAAGAUGUAGAGGCUACACCGGAGGAGAAACGUCAGAUGAUUACAGAAAACUUACGCUACGACCAGUUUUGUGAUGCUAUACGCCAACUAUUUGGUUCGGAUAUCAAGAAUCAGGACCUAAAGGCACUGUAUAGAAAAAUCUCCACCAAUCCGGAUGCCAAAGUCGACUGGAGUGAGUUAUUCGGGUAUAUCCAGACAAGCGCGGAGGAGGCGGAGGAGAUAAUGGUGGGGGAGGAAGUGAGCAUCUUCACAGUGUCCAAGAGGAGACGCGUUGGAGAGGCAGCUGGUGAUAAAAAAAGAAGAGAUACAGUGCAAUGUCUGAGAUACGUUCCUACUUUGGACUGCUAUAUAUCGUGUUCCCAAAAAGGCGCUCUUGCCCUUUGGUCAAACAAGUUGAGGUUGCAGGCUUGCAUAGAUAUUAAUAUCGGUCCUAGACUGUUCAGGGAAGCUGCAUGGGUGACCGGGUGCGACUACUUGCCAAGUAUCAGACGAGCGUCAUGCUGCACGGAGAGGAGUAUCAUCAUCUGGGACAACAGGUCAAAGGGCAAAAAUCAGCAUGUAUUUGCUAUCAAACCAUUUGACCAUUCCCCUCAGUGUAUGGUCAGUGUGCCAAAACCCGGUGCAAUUCAUGAGGAUCGUAUACUGUUUGGAGAUGAUCAGGGAUAUUUGAAUAUACUCACAGUUGCUGCUAAAGAUCUCACAAUGAAAAACUCAAAAGGUGGCGAGAAAAAACCUGCCAAAGAUCAGAAUAUUCUACAUGUUAUAGAACCCAACAGACUGACAGUGCCUAUGGUUAGGAGAAAGGUUCAUGAUGACUGGGUCACUAGGGUGAAAUAUUUUCCAGAGUUACAUUGUUUUGCAUCAUGUUCUCCAAGCAGUAAACAGUCUUUUGUUCUGGAGGAACUUGACAGGAUUUAUGAUAACCUUGAAGGUAGUCAUGUCCCACACAGGGAGAUGCGUGGUGUAGCUAUACAUAAAGGUGUAAAUGCAUUCGACUACUGUGCCAAAGCUAACAUCAUAGCCACAGGAGGAGUAGACAAAGUGAUACGUGUGUGGCAUCCUCAUAUAUUCUCAAGACCUACAGGGAAGUUGUUGGGCCAUUUGUUCACCAUAGUUGAUAUUUGCUGCAAUGAACGAGAUCAACACAUCAUCAGUUUGUCCACAGCACGAGUUUUCCGUGUCUGGGAUAUCCACACUCUCACUAGCCUUCAGGUAUUCACAGACAAUGAAGAGAGACCUGGGGAAAAGAGAAUCUACUCUAUGUUGUUUGAUAACAAACAUGAGAGGCUUCUCACAGGGUCCAGUGUAAUUGAUUCCUGGCCACUCACCAGGGCUGUACAGGACACCAUGCAGGUCCCUCAUACACAUGACCGGCCCCUCAGCCAGCUUGUGUAUAACAAAGAUCUGGGUCAAGUGGUUACAGUAUGUACAGAAUCAGUGCUCAAGGUUUGGGAAAUGGAGAGUGGUAAACUGGUGUACACAAUUACAGAUGCUCACAAAAACAGUAUAGAAAUUACUGCACUAACUCUAGAUUCCUCAGGCUACAGACUUGCCAGUGGUGCUUUUGAUGGUUCAAUAAAGAUCUGGGAUUUUGGUUCAGGCCAGUGUAUAAAAGAGAGGCAAGGAAGGGCCUCAGAGGAAGACCUCAGUAUAACAGGGCUCAUGUAUUCUAAACUGGAGGAUGACAGGGUGCUUAUAGCCUCUGGAUGGAAUAAUAAACUGAAAAUACUCCUGGAUACCAAUGAAAACUACGACUUGCCAGUAAUUAGAGAAUUUAACGAUAUUUAUUACUACACUCAAGAUGUUACCAUGACUGCACCCUCACAGUCAUAUGACCCCUUUAAACAAGACCCCUUGCCAGAUAUAGGUCACGAGAGCACGUCCUCACGGCACAGCUCAAUAAAAGGGAACGAAGAGGAAAAUGGUAGUAAUACUAGUCGACCACAAACAAUACGUGGUCUGUCAAAUCAUCAGAUGUCAAACUUGUUCAAAAAGGAGUAUAUGUUAAUGUCCAAUGAGAUUUCAUGCAUGCAGACAUUUGGACCUAACAUACUGCUUACUGGCUGUACUAAUGGCAAUAUAAUACAGUGGGAUAUAGAAAAAUCAAGUGUUGAUAAAAUAUUCAAUCUUCCAGAAGGGGAUCAGCCUGUAAAUAAUUCUCGUCAACAGAGUAGAGGUACAACUAAAUCCCAUGAGAAAAGGAUACAUGGUAUCAAAAUAUUGGUGCAUAAAACCAGAAGAUUGGAUCCAGCAUUUAUCAAGAAAGAGGCCUCUUUUCAUGAGAGUGUUAAGGCAGAAGAUGAACCAGAUAAAGGUGCAACUACAGAAAGAAGUCAGGCUGGUACCCCAGACUCUAAAGAAGAGGGAAGAGAAAAACAUGAAAAAGAUGGUGCAGAAAAAGAGGAAAAAGGGGAUGGAGAGAAAGAUAAAGAUGAAGAAAAUGAAGAAAAGUCAGACUCUGAUGAAGAGGAGAAAAAGGAUGAUGAGAAAAGUGUACAUGAUGAAGAUGAGGAUCCUGAAGUGGUCAGGGAACGAGAAAAUGCUGCCAAAUAUAUAGUAGAUACUUAUGAUCCUGUCAUUGUUACUGUACACCAGGAUGCUUACAUUCGAUUCUGGAAUACUGAGGGUCAUGUGUUACGUGAGAUCACUGCAGUUACACGGAGACAGGGAACAGCAGUGACUGCCAUAUGCCAUGAUGCAGACUGUAAUAUCAUGGUGACGGGUGAUCAUAAGGGCUAUUUGACAUUAUGGGAUAUUGGGAAGUUUUUAAGAAACCCUGAGUCAGAGGAACAAGAGCUUGUUAAACAGGUUAUAUGUUGGAGAGCCCAUCUUACAAAAGUUGUCUCUCUUCAUUUUAUUGAUUCUGUGAAGGCAAUUCUCUCUGCUUCAACUGACGGCUCAGCUAGAGUUUGGUGGGGCAGGAAAGGACGUUUUGUUGGAUUCUUUGGCCAGCAUAGAAUUUUUAACUUUCCAACAUCCGAGGAGAAGGCAGGUACCCCAACUCUACCAUAUGAUAUCACAGAGGGUCCUCUAGCCCCAGUGAAAACCAAGAGUGCCAUACAGAAGAUAAGACCAGUACAGAAAUACGAGUACCCUCUCAUCUUUGAUGAAGACAGGUGGCAACCGUUUAAGAGAUCUGCCUAUCUUAAACAAGGUCAAGAAAGGAAGAAACAAUUAGACCCACAAGAUAAAAAAUUCUUUGAAGCCUUAAUCAAACCUAAGGCAUACAAUUAUCAUUUAGAAGGUGUGGCUCCAGGAAAGAAGAGAGAUGGUGCUGUAUUUAGAGCUCUUCCAGUAUAUAGGGUUCGAACCCCAGAUGUCCCAAAGACACCUCCAUUGGGGUCCUUCAGGAGUCAUCAUGUAGAUGUAGCAGACGGACCACAACAGAAGCGGUCUACAGCUCUACCACCUAACUUCCGAGAUCGUCGUGGAGUGUUGACUAACCCUAACCCUCGCUUCUCUACCCCUGCAUCCCAGCGUCACUCUAGAAUGCAAAACCUUUAUCUUCAAAUGCAGGAAAAACAAAAGAUAAAAGGCAGUAAAGACGGAAGUUCAACAUCCUUCGCAGUGAAUUCACGCAGGAAGUCAGUGUUUGGUAAGGCAAGCUCAAUGGGAAGGUCAUCAGUUGUGAGUCUGAGCACCGGCACACCUAUGUUACCAACCAUCACAACAACACCAUCGUCACCUAGGAGGUUACCAUAGAAACCACUCUCAGUGUAAUAUCAACAUCCCAUAGGAGGUAUCCAUGGAAACCACUUUCACUAUAAUAUCAACAUCGCCUAGGAGGUUUCCAUGGAAAUGUUCAGCAAUAUGUCUGUUAGAGGAGACAUUCUUAAAACACUGAAAAGCCUUACAAGGAAUUCUGCCUUCUUUGAACAGCAUUUCCUGUUAGAAAAAACAAAACAACUUUUUAUAGAGCUAGAUGAAGGUUAAUUUUCACAAUAUACUUUUUUAAAAAAUGUUGUCUGUAGUGCACCUGUUAACAUUUCAUUUGUUUGUAUUUUGUGUAUGUUACUAUGAAAAUUGUAUUUCUAUAUAAUAAUAGUUUGUGCAAGAUAACUCUUCAAGAAUUAUUGCAAUGAAUCCUUAUUACCACCCUUAGAACUGGUAAGAGGAUCACUACUGAUGAAAUGGGGUUCCUGGGCCCUUAUUCAGUGACACUUAAUGUCUGAAACUUAGACUCAAGAACUGCAUAAUUAUAUUCAAUUUGUUGCCAUUAUUGUGUUUUUAGCAAAUUAAUACUGAUGAUAUUUUUGCUUUAAGCUUUUUGAAUCUACAGUCCAAACACUUGGGCAAAGGUUCAUUUCACUCAGUUCUAAUUUCACAUUCUAAUAUGACUAGGCAAUGCUUAAAUCAUCACAACGAUUUAAUUUUUAUUACGCCCUCGUGAAAUUAUUACGUUUGACGUAUAAGCGCCCAUUGUGUGUUAAAACAUGGUUUUGUUAUAAAUUAUUUCUUAAAUGACAGAGUUUUAGUAUUUAAGUCUAUAUUUGUGAUUUGAAAUGUUGGCAAAUAGAGGUCCUACCAGUAUUUCUAAAUUUUGGCAACUGAUUAAGAUAAGUGUAACUUUAUAAACACCAUAAUAUUUUAUUUUUCCACUAUUUUAUUCCUGUCUUGUAUAUUUAUUAUACUUUUAGCAUUGCUGUUUAUGGCUCAUAAAAUGCCAUUUUUUUCAAAAUUCUUGUAAGUUACAAUUUUAACAAAACACUUAUAAGUUACUGUUUCACACAGUGCUGAUUAUUUACCAUUUAACACAAAAAAAUGUGUUUUAAGGCUGCAAGUGUUUUUGUUGUUUUAAUUUCAAUGUCUGUGAUAUUUGUGAACUGUGAUAAGCUACUUUAUACACUUCAGUCAAAGCAAAUUUAAUUUGGUCACCAUAUCACCAGUAAGUGUUUGAGUAAUAGCAGAAUAACCUAGGGCAUACGCUUCGAUUGGACGACAGCAUAAGAUAAGAUAAAUGCUGUGCCAGUCCCCGUAUCUGUUGUUCCAGAUAGAAUUGUAUAGGGAAAACAAUUUUGUCAUGAACAUAUUAGCUAAAAAUGUUACUUUUACGGCAUUUGGAACAAGAUUAUGUGUGUCAGAAAUAGGCAUAGAAUGUAAAUUGACUUUACAUUAGUAUGCAUCGUGCAGGACACCCUACAGGUUUGCAGCUCCUAGGUGCAAAACAUUAUGUUCACAAGAAAACCCUGCAUUAAGACCACCCUGCUAUUAACAAGGACAAAAUUUUGCCUUCUACAUUUCAGUGAUCGCAAGCCCACCUAAAAUGGCUACCAACACUAUUCAUAAAUGAGACUACCUUUGAGGUCCCAGAUGACCACAGAAAUCCAUUCCAAAUGACCAUUCCUGAUGAGAUUUAUGAAAAUUGAUUUUAAUCAUGCUUCAGUAUUGUCCUACUUUUUUAAAAGAAAUGUUAAUUUAAAGUGUUGGGAUUUAAAAACACCCACAAAUUCUUUAACGCUCACUUGAACCUGUGGGAUGUUGUUAUUGCCCCGUUUCUUUUUGUCUGUCAGCAGUAUUACUACUAACAUAUUGGAGACUUCAUUAAAUAAUCUUCAAGGAACUAACACAGAAUGUGUAUAACCAGAAGAACUCUGGGAAGUCUGAUGAAGGGCAAAAUUGCUUCAAUAGCACAGGAGUCAUGACCCUUGAAUUUGUCAGAAUUACCAUAUUUAACAUUAGACUUCUAGUUCAUUACACUAGCUUAUUUCAUGAGUACCUAUAAAUAGUAACAAUUUUGUGUUGAAAAUGCUCCUGUUAUGGUAUAUUGCCUCAUGCAUUAUCCCCCCGAUUAUCGAUAAUGGCCCUGACGUUAGCACGGGAAAUUAACGUCCGUAAACAAAAAUGACGUCAUGGUGUUUCAUGGAGGUAAAACAGCGAAUAUUUCAGUUUUAGUUUAUCAUCUUGAGCGUAACGGUUACAUCGUGUAUUCUUCGUGAAAUAACUUAUUUCCAUCUCUAAAUUAUGCAAUAAGCAAGAAAAUAUAACUAUCAAGGCAUUUGAUUUUAUACGGUUUAUAACCUCUUAUACAAAUAAUAUAGAAACUGAAAAGCUGAAUUAUUAUGCCAGUAGAGAGAUGCUAGUACCUAUAAAAAUGACACUUUUCUUACUAUAAUUAUUAUAGGUAAGCAUGUAAUAAACAGGUAAAUACAUGGGAGAGCGGUGCCUUUGAGUGAUAAUGACCCUGGAAGAAGAUAAUAGCCCUCGGGCUAUUAUCACCUUGCCAGGGCCAUUAUCACCCAAAGGCACCACUCUCCCAUUUAUUAACCUAUACAUAAAGGUAUAAUGGGCAAGAUUGCUAAGAUAGGAAAAGAGUUACGGUUCUUUAAUUAAAAAAAGCAAUCUUUCUCAUUAAAGUAAAUAUAUUAAAACAUUAAGAAACUACCUUGUACCAGUAUUCAUGUGAGCAAAUUUAAAAGACUGUCAUGGACUUUGUUGAUUGUAUUCUUUACAUGAAAAAAAUGGAAAUAAUUUGAACUGUGGGGGGUGCUUGAAAAGAUAGUACUGAUGCUGUAAUAUGAUUAAACUGCAAAAUAAAUUAAUUGCAUUAAUACAUGGGGUUAAUGGGGUUAGUUCAUUAUACAUAUGUAAAUGUUUACAUUGUGCGAUAUAUUUAUGUAUUGCUGUAUGUUAUAACAGAACGGAAAUAUUUUUGUUUAACUAAAACGUCUCUAAAAGUAUGUCUGGUGCUUUCAAAUAAAAAUUUGACUACGAUAAAAGUUUCAAAAUUUGAAUGCAUUUUGACCAGUUGUAUUUUUGCAGGUUUUUGCCUUGUUUCAAUUUGCUAAAACUUCAGUUACAGAAAAUUGCAUUAGAAUAAGUUCAACACGAAUGUGCCAAGUUUCAGCAGAAUUUGAGCAUAUUUAGUCACAACAGUUGCAACUGUAGCAAAUUAGAAGGGAAUUUCAAGGUACAAUGUUAUAAAUGAAUGGGCACUGUGGUGUGAAAUGAUAAGAUUUGAUCCUGAAUGUUUCUUAUUUCACCUGCAGAUAUCCCCAAAAUUAGAUUGCCAAAUGAAUGUUUAAGUGCUACUUUUCUUAUAGUUUGUAAAAUAAAUAAAUACAUGUACAUAAAUUUAAUAUAUUGAUGCAUUUAUUUCUUUAUACUGUGAUUAAUUUAUUGAGGUAUUUAUAUACAUGUCUUUGCCAAUAAUUAUUGACUGUGAUUCAAUUUAGACAUUUUUAUUUAUUUAAAAUAUUUUAAAAAGUUGUAUAUACCUGUGUUUUGUUUGUGAUACUGACUGAAUACAAUUUUGUGAUAUAUUUUGUAUAUUGUUACCAUAGCAUUGUGUUAAAAUUGAAUAAACAAUGAGAAGGAAAACAUAAA